AUGGCGACUCAGGUCGAGCCUCCGAACGGGAUAAGAGCGGAAGGGAAGCAUUAUUAUUCUAUGUGGCAAACGCUAUUUGAGAUUGACACAAAAUAUGUGCCGAUUAAGCCGAUUGGUCGAGGAGCGUAUGGGAUUGUGUGUUCUUCGGUUAAUAGGGAGACAAAUGAGAAAGUUGCUAUCAAGAAGAUACAAAACGCGUUUGAGAAUCGUGUUGACGCGCUCAGGACUUUGCGGGAGCUUAAACUUCUUCGACAUCUUCAUCACGAGAAUGUUAUUGCUUUGAAAGACAUCAUGAUGCCUAUUCAUAGGAGUAGUUUUAAGGAUGUUUAUCUGGUUUAUGAACUCAUGGACACCGAUUUGCAUCAGAUUAUUAAAUCUUCUCAAACAUUGUCUAAUGAUCACUGCCAAUAUUUCCUCUUUCAGUUGCUUCGGGGUUUGAAAUAUCUACACUCAGCCAACAUCCUUCAUCGCGACUUGAAACCUGGAAAUCUCCUAAUUAAUGCAAAUUGUGACCUAAAAAUAUGUGAUUUUGGGUUAGCACGCACAAACUGCAGCAAGAACCAGUUCAUGACGGAAUAUGUUGUCACUCGGUGGUAUAGGGCACCAGAACUCCUACUUUGCUGUGACAACUACGGGACAUCUAUUGACGUAUGGUCAGUGGGAUGCAUCUUUGCAGAGCUCCUUGGACGAAAACCUAUUUUCCCUGGUUCAGAGUGUCUCAACCAACUAAAGCUUAUUAUCAAUAUCCUUGGUAGUCAAAGGGAGGAGGAUAUCGAAUUUAUUGAUAAUCCAAAGGCAAAGAGAUACAUCAAAUCACUUCCGUAUUCUCCUGGAACCCCGUUUUCCCGACUUUACCCCAAUGCACAUCCGUUGGCAAUUGAUCUACUAGCUAAGAUGCUUGUUUUUGAUCCCACAAAGAGGAUUAGUGUUACGGAAGCACUUCAACACCCUUUCAUGGCCUCUCUCUAUGAUCCUAAUUGUGACCCUCCGGCCAUCAUUCCAAUUGAUCUUGACAUUGAUGAGGAUCUCGGGGAAGAGAUGAUAAGGGAGUUGAUGUGGAGGGAAAUGGUUCAUUACCAUCCUGGAUCUGCAAUGGGAAAUGCAGAGUUGUCGUCUUGA